AUGUAUGAAUUAAAGCAUAAGUCGGAAAUGAUUGUUUGUUUGAAGCUGCCAAAAAAACUGUUGAAAAAGCUGGUGCCCUAUCUGUGCGAACAUGUGAUCGAUUCGUUGCGCGAGCCAUUUCUUGUUGGCGAUUUUCUCUUUCGCAUUUUCAAUAUGGGCGAUAUAUUCCCGGUAAUUUCACUUGCUGGCAUAUAUAAAUUAAUCGUCAACUAUAACUUCGAAUAUCCGAAUUUUUACCAGUGCGUAUACGGACUAACAACACCAUCGGUGUGUUAUCUGAAUUAUCGUGAGAAAUUUUUCACGCUUCUCGACACAUUUCUUUCCUCAACACAUCUUCCAACAUACGUUGUUGCUGCUUUCGUAAAACGAUUAUCACGAAUCGCUCUUCUGGCCCCAGUUUCAUGCCAGGAAUCACUGCUUGCGCUAAUAAGGAAUUUGAUUACACGACAUAAAACUGUGGAAUUUUUGCUGCACCGGGAAAAUCCAGAAACAUUAACCAGUGAUCCGUAUAAUGAAGAGGAAAGCAACCUGCAAAAAUGCGGAGCCAUGGAAAGUUCACUGUGGGAAAUUAAGACCCUGCAACGGCACUGGUAUUCAGAAGUAGCGAAAAGAGCGAAUUUCAUCGACAAAGGAAUGCAACGGAUGGAAUCAUUUGUGCGUUGGCGACAGGAUGAUGAUUAUUUCAUGAAAUUACUGUCAAGGAAAUUUGGAAGCGAUUUUUUGAAGCACAAAGACGAGGAGAAGUUUCGAAAAAAUCAGAGUUUUUCAGAGUUCGAUUCUUCUAGAAAAAGUUUUGGGUGA